CCGGCCCGGACGAAUUCUCUCACUCAUCAGGGGUAGAUUGAGCGAGCGAAACCCUAGAGAGAGAGAGAGAGAGAGGAAGAAGAAGAAAGCGGGAAAGGCGUUCAGGUUCAGAGGCUGUGAGCCCUGGAAAUGGACAGGGUUACCGAGAAGGAGAGAUCAAGCAAGCGUUCUCGAGAAGAACGCAAUGGUGACCACAAGCAUCGAAGUCGAGACGCCGAGGAAAAGCAUUUCUCCAAGGAUGAAAAGCACCGUGAGUCCGAUCAUUCCCAUCGUCGGCGUCACCAUCGGUCGGACCGUGAUUCAAAGCUUGAGCGUUCGCAUGAGUCGCGCGAUCUCAAACAUCGGCGUGAUAGGUCUCCCGAUGAGCGUGAGAGCUCCCAAGAUCGAGAUUUUAAGCGGGAAAGAUCUUAUGAUGUUAGGGAUGAGAGAGAGAGGAGUAGAGAUAGGGUUUCGUCUAAGCGAGAGCGGUCGAGUGAGCCGAGAGGGGAGAGAGAGGGCAGCAAGGAGAGGGGCAAGCUGCGCGAGGUUAGGCGCGAGCAGUCGGAAGAUGAGUAUGAACGGGAAGGAUCGUUGGGGCCAAACCAGAAUUCUGUACGUUCAAACAAAAGGAAGGAGAGGGGAGGAAGUGAGGAUAGGUUCGAUGGUGGUGAGAAGAGAGCUAGAGCUUUAGAAGAUGGGAAGGAAGUGAAUGUAGCUGAGAUGGAUGACAGAAAGGAGCGGAGGAGAUUUGCCGACGGUGAGAAAGAUGAUGAAGCAAACAUGAGUGGUAGGGGAAAGAGGGAGAGGAAGCGGUUUGGGGAUCGGGCAAAGGAAGAGGAUAAUGGUGGAAAUGUUGAUGGGAAAGUUCAGGUUGGAGGCACCUCUGAUGAGAAAAGGUCCAUGGGGAAUGGAUCUUCGGUGGAACAUAUUGAUAUGUCAUCUAGUGUGCCCCAGAAUUUGUUACAUCCUGGUCAUUCCCAUCCUAUCAAGGUAUCUUCAAUUUCUACCACAAAUGAAAAUAAGGGAGUUAGUAUUGCCAGAUCUCAUGAGGUUCAUGGAAAAUCUAGUACAGAUGGGACAUCUUCAACCGCGGGGAAAAGUGGAAAUCUCUCUCUUGAUGCUUUAGCAAAAGCUAAGAAAGCUUUACAGAUGCAGAAAGAAUUGGCCGAGAAGUUGAAGAAAAUUCCCUUGAUGAAGAAGGAUGGGUGGUCAAGUUCUGCAAGUAGCUCAGCUGUGAAAUCGGAGGAGAAAGCUAAGCCAGCAGGUGGUUUAUUGGGGCUAACGGCAACUACAAAUGUCACCACUACCCUUUCUGCUGGGGUAGCAUCAAGUUCGUCGACCUUACCAGCUGCCAACGCACUUGGUGGUGGUAUUAAUGUUCCAGCUAGCCUUACCUCUAUACCCCAUUUUGAAGCUGUCAAACGUGCACAGGAGCUUGCUGCCAGGAUGGGAUUUCGCCAGGAUCCAGAGUUUGCUCCUCUUAUAAAUUUGUUUCCGGGGAAUGUAGCAACUGAUGUUGCUGUUUCACAGAAGCCAAGCAAGGCUCCUGUGCUUCGCCUUGAUGCACUCGGCAGGGAAAUAGACGAACAAGGAAAUGUUGUCAAUUUAACCAAACCCAGCGACCUCAGCACUCUAAAGGUUAACAUCAACAAACAGAAAAAGGAUGCAUUUCAAAUUCUUAAACCUGAACUUGAUGUGGAUCCCGAAUCAAAUCCUCAUUAUGAUGAGAGGAUGGGUAUAAAUAAAACUAAACUGUUAAGGCCAAAGAGGAUGAGUUUCCUGUUCGUUGAGGAGGGGAAAUGGUCCAAGGAGGCUGAAACCAUAAAAUUAAGGAGUAAAUUUGGAGAGGCACAAGCUAAAGAACGAAGGGAGAAGCAGGCACAAUUGGCCAAGGCCAAGGCUGCACCUGAUAUAAAUCCAAAUCUGAUUGAGGUAUCGGAGAGAGUUGUGAAAGAAAAAACAAAAGAACCAAUUCCUGAAAUCGAGUGGUGGGAUGUCCCUCUUUUGCAUUCUGGCACAUAUGAGCAUGUGGGAGAUGGUUCUGUGGCUGAUGAUAAAAUAAGGAAGGAUAAGAUUACCAUAUAUGUGGAGCAUCCUCGUCCUAUUGAACCUCCUGCUGAACCAGCUCCUCCGCCUCCUCAACCACUAAAGCUAACAAAGAAGGAGCAGAAAAAACUCCGUACGCAGCGUCGUCUGGCGAAGGAGAAAGAUAGACAGGAGAUGAUUAGACAAGGCCUGAUAGAACCACCUAAACCAAAAGUUAAAAUGAGCAAUUUAAUGAAAGUUCUUGGCUCAGAAGCAACCCAAGACCCUACAAAACUUGAGAAAGAGAUUCGUGCUGCAGCUGCUGAGAGGGAACAAGCUCACAUAGAUAGAAAUAUUGCACGAAAACUGACCCCAGCAGAACGCCGUGAAAAGAAAGAACGCAAGCUUUUUGAGGAUACAAAUUCACUGGAGACAAUUGUAUCCGUUUACAAGAUCAAUGAUUUAUCACACCCACAGGCCCGGUUUAAAGUUGAUGUUAAUGCUAGAGAGAACCGUUUGAGUGGAUGUGCUGUGAUAUGUGACAACAUCAGUGUUUUGGUCGUUGAAGGGGGCAGCAAAUCCAUCAAGAGGUAUGGGAAGCUUAUGCUUAAGCGCAUAAAUUGGGCCGCUUCCGUGAAAGAGGAAGAAGAGGAGGAUGAAAAUGACGACAAGCCCGUUAAUAAAUGUUCAUUGGUAUGGCAAGGAAGUGUUGCCAAAUCUAGCUUCCAUAAAUUUUCUAUCCAGGAGUGCAUGACGGAGGCAGCUGCUAGGAAGAUUUUUGCUGAUGCUGGUGUUGGUCAUUAUUGGGAUCUCGCCGUUAACUUUUCUGAUGAUCUAAUAUAAUCGGAACUUCUGCAGGUAGCAGUUGAUGUGAUUUGCUUGUUCAUCAUAGUAUGCGGACUAUUUCAGCUGAUGGUUUGCUUUGGUGUCUUGUAUGGUUGAGAAUUGUUUGAAGUUGAUAUAACAUCACGGGCUGGUCUCGCCUGUUUCCAUUAAUAGGUGGGGAAAUUUCAUUAUGUUCCAACUGAGUUCAUGGGAUCUUCACCUAUUUCAUGAAUCAGAAUCAGACUUCUGUAUGAAAAAAUGUUGUUUGUAGCAACUAGCAAACAGAACUUUGAAACCGUAGCACGCAAGAUCAUCAUCUCAAGAAAAGGGUAUUUUGUCCAAUUCGCCUAUAGUCUUUCAUUUCGUGUACUUAAAUAGAUGAGUUGUGACUCUUUCCUCCACCUUUCAUUACCAAGGAAUGUUUGACAAUCCAUUCCGUUUGGUAGUUAGAUGAAGUGAAGGUGGCUUUGAAUAAUUUUCUACUAGAAAGAAAAGGUACUUUUUUUAGUCUUUUAACCAC